GCGUUUAUGCAGAAAAGUGAACGGCCGGCAUCACUACCUCAUCAGAAGAGAGACUUGUGUUCAGUUUUAUUGUUGACGGGAUCAGGCUUGGAGAGCAGACGUCCACAGCGGUCGGCGGUUCUGGAUGGGACCUGCCCCGGUGGAGAUCACUUACAAAAACAUGAGAUUCCUCAUUACCCACAACCCCACUAAUGCCACGCUACACAAAUUCAUUGAGGAACUGAAGAAAUAUGGGGUGACGACGGUAGUUCGAGUGUGUGAGGCCACAUAUGAUGCAAACCUGGUUGUUAAAGAAGGUAUUCAGGUUCUGGAUUGGCCCUUUGACGAUGGAGCUCCUCCCUCUAACCAGAUCGUUAAUGAUUGGCUGAAUCUUCUUCGGGUGAAGUUUAGGGAGGAGCCAGGCUGCUGUAUCGCUGUACAUUGUGUUGCAGGCCUUGGAAGAGCCCCAGUGCUGGUUGCUCUGGCCCUGAUUGAGUGUGGCAUGAAAUAUGAGGAUGCUGUUCAGUUCAUUCGACAAAAGCGCCGAGGAGCAUUCAACAGCAAGCAGCUCUUCUAUCUGGAAAAAUAUCGUCCCAAAAUGCGUCUUCGAUUCAAGGAUUCCAACGGCCACCGCAACAACUGCUGCAUUCAGUAAAAGCUUGAGUAUCAGCCUUUCUCAAAUGUGUAAUGGGAAUUUGUGUCUAGCAUAGGUAGUUUGUUCUCUUAAUUGGUAACUGUGAAAAUGGCAUUACAAAAAUGAAGCUUAUUUCAUUACAAGUGUCCCCGCCCUUCUCUUUGUUUUUAUGUGUUUCCUGUGGAGAGCCUCUGUCAGCAAGGUAAAGUGCCUGUUUCAACAUGAGCUUAGUGUUUUGCAAUGAAGUUUGCAUUGGUGAAACAUGGUUAUAUCCCAACUCUGCCAAACACGUAGUAUGCUUUAUUGCCUAAAUGGUUCCAUAAAAAAAUAAUUUUAAUGCAUUUUUUUAUUAUUAUUGUUGUUGUUGUUGAUGAUUUCAGUCUAUCUUUAAUUAAUGAAAAGAUCUAAAAUAAAUGCAUUUUUACAGCAGAAAGACACCAUCUGGUGGAGUACUUGUGGCAUUCGGAGAGGAUUCUCAAUGUCUUUUGCAGAAAAAAAUCAGGAAGAGAGAUAAAAAAAAAUAUUAGGAAAGUAAAAUCUGUUUAUAUAAAUAUAUUGAAGGGUGGGGUACUACUUUUUUUUUUUAAAUCCAAACUUUAACUAUUACUGCCAUGUCAAUAGUGUGAUGUUUGUGUUUUAGCUUAAAACUGGACCUCAAUGUCUGCAGUAUUUUUAUGCCUUUUUAUUUGAUGUGUGUAACUUAAUAUUUCAAUACGUACGAUAUUUGAUUAUGUGUACUGUUAAAUCACCUAUUUAUAUCAUUGGAUAUGUGUUUUAGUCUAGCAAGAAACAAGUUUGCCAAUUUGAGAGUACAAUAAAGAGACACUGAAGGAGCA